UCUUCAAUUCAACAAAUUCGGCUACAAAAAAACAAAACCUCACACUGGCCAAAACGACGUAGUAACGCAACAGAUUCACAGCGACCAAUCGCUGCUGUUGCCUUUAACGUCUCUUUGGCUUUUUAUUUUCUUCCCACGUGCAGAUCUGAAAAGACAAAAACACCCUUAACAGUCGUCUACUACAGUUAGCGGAAUUAACGCCUUAACCGCCGGUGGGCCCCGAAUCUCAGUUGCCAUUCUCGUAAUAAACUGAGAUUUUAAAGGGUAUUUUUGUCCAAAUAAAUCAACAGAAACGAACCUCCGGUUUUUAUUUGUCCUGUUAUAAAUAUUAAGACACCUGACAGACACUGCAACUAUAAGCCUACACUAACAGUAACACUACACUAAAGAAAACUGUCGGCAAACCUUUUUUUCCUUCUGUCGCCGCCACCGCUGUUCGCCGUGAAAGUGACAGUUUGAAGUUCCGGUGACAAUGCAGCUUCAGAAGCAGAGCCGUCGUGUCUCGAGCCAGUUCUUGGCGGUGUACAUUUUUGUGUUGUUUCAGUGUUUGGUUGUUGUUUUCGGACAGCAAGUUCCUCACCCGAAUCGUGUGUCUGAUAAGAAAUGGCAGCCGGCCACUGCUACCUGGUACGGCGAGCCUGAAGGCGACGGCAGUACUGGAGGAGCAUGUGGGUACGGGACUUUAGUGGAUGUGAAGCCAUUGAAGGCCAGAGUUGGUGCAGUAAACCCAAUACUGUUCAAGAAUGGGGAGGGGUGUGGGGCGUGCUACAAAGUUAGGUGCUUGGACAAGAGCAUAUGUUCAAGAAAGGCAGUCACCGUAAUUGUAACCGAUGAGUGUCCAGGUUGCUCCAGUACUGGACCCCAUUUUGACCUCAGUGGUGCAGUUUUUGGCCGCAUGGCUAUCGCCGGUGAGAAUGGUCAGCUCAGGAACAAAGGAAAAAUCCCUGUCUCUUACCGCCGGACACCAUGUAAAUACAAAGGGAAGAACAUUGCUUUUCAUGUUAAUGAAGGUUCAACUGAUUACUGGCUAGCUCUUCUAGUUGAGUUUGAGGAUGGUGAUGGUGAUGUUGGAUCUUUGCAUAUCAAAGAAGCUGGUGGCACUGAAUGGCUAGAAAUGAAGCAUCUAUGGGGUGCAAAUUGGUGCAUUAUUGGUGGACCAUUAAAAGGACCAUUCUCAGUUAAGCUAACAACACUAUCAACAGGGAAAACAGUUUCUGCUAAAGAUGUUAUUCCAAGAAACUGGUCACCAAAGGGUACUUACACCUCUAGCCUCAGGCUCAUGACAACUUAGUAUACCAAUCAAGAAUCAAGAAUCAAGAAGCAUGGCCAUUUUUUAAUACCAGAAAGCUCCUCUUGUCUUUUUUUUUACACAAAAGUACCAACCAACCAACCAACCAACCAACUCUGUGGUGUUAUUUUUCUCUUUUAUUUUUGAUCCUUUUCACCCUUUUUCUUUAGAAGAAAAGUAGCUUUUGGAUUGCAUAAUAAUGGCAUCCAAUGGUGGUUUUUUCUUUUUAAAAUGUUUAUGAAAGUGCUUGAUUUUGCUGCAGAGGUAGAGCCCUCUCCAAAGGAGAGAGUGCUAAUAGUAAUGUAAUUUUGUAAUUUUGUUAUUGGAGCUUCAAAAACUAUAUUUGUAGGCCAACAUAUGUAAGUUUGUUUUAAUUAAUGUGGAAAUGGGUUUUCUUUUUGGAA